AUAAAUACGAACUGACAUUAGGAAGGGGCGAUUAUUUGAGAAAUUGCAAAGAGACAAGACAGACAAGCUACGUUCGCUGUGAUUUUCCCACACGUGUUCUAUCAAACCACGCCAUUUUAUAAGUGAAGUUUUAAUAUUAAAGUGAAUUAAAAUCAACAAAAUGCCGGAAGAGAUGCAGACCCAAUCCGGCGAGGUGGAAACCUUCGCCUUCCAGGCUGAGAUCGCUCAGCUCAUGUCGCUGAUCAUCAACACGUUCUACUCCAACAAAGAGAUCUUCCUUCGUGAGGUAAUUUCAAACGCUUCUGACGCCUUGGACAAGAUCCGCUAUGAAUCACUCACCGAUCCGUCAAAGCUGGACAGCGGCAAAGAAUUAUACAUCAAGAUCGUGCCCAACAAGAGCGAGGGCACGCUCACCAUCAUUGACACCGGUAUCGGCAUGACAAAGGCGGAUCUUGUGAACAACCUGGGAACAAUCGCAAAGUCUGGCACAAAGGCGUUCAUGGAAGCGUUACAAGCCGGCGCGGACAUCAGCAUGAUCGGUCAGUUUGGUGUUGGUUUCUAUUCGUGCUACCUCGUGGCAGACCGCGUGACAGUGCACUCCAAGCACAACGACGAUGAACAGUACAUGUGGGAGUCUGCCGCGGGAGGUUCCUUCACCAUCAGGCCAGACCAAGGCGAGCCACUGGGCCGCGGUACCAAGAUCGUGCUUCACAUCAAAGAAGACUUGUCAGAAUAUUUGGAAGAGCACAAGAUCAAGGAGAUUGUGAAGAAGCACUCUCAAUUCAUCGGUUACCCCAUCAAACUUGUGGUAGAGAAAGAACGUGAAAAGGAACUGUCUGAUGAUGAAGCCGAGGAAGAGAAGAAGGAAGAGGACAAAGAGGAUGAGAAGCCAAAGAUAGAGGAUGUCGGUGAAGACGAUGAGGAAGACAAAAAGGACAAGAAGAAGAAGAAGACCAUCAAGGAGAAAUACACAGAGGACGAGGAGUUGAACAAGACCAAACCCAUCUGGACGCGCAACGCUGACGACAUCACCCAGGAGGAGUACGGUGAGUUCUACAAAUCUCUCACCAAUGACUGGGAAGACCACCUAGCAGUCAAACACUUCUCUGUUGAGGGCCAACUCGAGUUCCGUGCACUCCUCUUCGUACCCCGCAGAGCACCUUUUGAUCUAUUCGAAAACAAGAAGCGCAAGAACAACAUCAAAUUGUAUGUGCGCAGAGUAUUCAUCAUGGACAACUGUGAGGACCUCAUCCCUGAGUACCUCAACUUCAUCAAGGGUGUGGUUGACAGCGAGGACUUGCCACUGAACAUUUCUCGUGAAAUGCUCCAACAGAACAAAAUUCUUAAAGUAAUUAGGAAGAACUUAGUUAAGAAAUGCUUAGAGCUCUUCGAAGAGUUGGCCGAGGACAAGGAGAACUACAAGAAAUUCUAUGAACAAUUCAGCAAAAACUUGAAACUUGGCAUUCACGAGGAUUCUCAGAACAGGUCUAAGUUGGCAGACUUGCUGCGCUACCACACAUCAGCAUCUGGUGAUGAGGCAUGCUCCUUCAAAGAAUAUGUUUCACGUAUGAAGGAGAACCAAAAACACAUCUACUACAUAACUGGUGAGAACCGUGACCAGGUAGCAAACUCUUCAUUUGUAGAGCGAGUCAAGAAGCGUGGCUAUGAAGUAGUAUACAUGACUGAGCCCAUUGAUGAGUAUGUAGUUCAACAGAUGAGGGAGUAUGAUGGUGCUACCCUUGUGUCAGUCACAAAAGAAGGCUUGGAGCUCCCCGAAGAUGAGGAGGAGAAGAAGAAGCGUGAGGAAGACAAAGUCAAGUUCGAAGGCCUCUGCAAAGUCAUGAAGAACAUCCUAGACAACAAAGUUGAGAAAGUAGUUGUAUCAAAUCGUCUAGUUGAGUCUCCGUGUUGCAUUGUUACUGCUCAGUAUGGUUGGUCAGCGAACAUGGAACGUAUCAUGAAGGCUCAAGCUCUCCGUGACACAUCCACAAUGGGCUACAUGGCUGCCAAGAAACACUUGGAAAUCAACCCGGACCACUCCAUUGUUGAGACUUUGAGACAGAAAGCAGAGGCUGAUAAGAAUGACAAAGCUGUGAAGGAUCUUGUCAUCUUGUUGUAUGAGACUGCUCUGCUGUCAUCUGGAUUCGCCCUUGAUGAGCCACAGGUCCAUGCUUCCCGGAUCUACCGUAUGAUUAAGCUCGGUCUUGGCAUUGAUGAGGAUGAGCCCAUCCAGGUUGAGGAGACUAGUGCUGGAGACGUGCCACCACUAGAAGGAGAUGCUGAUGAUGCAUCACGCAUGGAGGAAGUUGAUUAAAUCUCUCUACCGCCUAUUCCAUAGCUUACUCCCUUAUGUUAUGGUGUUAAGUUAUAAGAUUGUUUUGUGCACUGGUGUACAGCCAAAGACUGAUUUAGUUCAAAAAAUUCCAUAAAUUAAAAUAAAUGGUAUACAUUUAACAAAUU